GGAUCCCGCUGAGGGAUGGAUACCCAUUCCCUUGGAUGGUGUUGUUUUCUGUGGGACCUGCAGGAGCAGCUGCAAGUGCUGACCAGAGGCUUCAUGUUUCCCGUCGCAGGCGGUUUGGGCCCCCCCCAAGGGAUGAUUCCUAUGCAACAGCAAGGGUUUCCAAUGGUUCCUGUCAUGCAGACCAACAUGCCAGGGAUGAUGGGAAUGAAUUAUGGCUCUCAGAUGCCUCCUGGACCCAUGGCCAUGCAGGGUGGCAUGGCCCUGGGGCCCAUGCCAGCAGCUGGAAUGCCCUACAUGGGACAGGCCUCCUUCCUGGGAAUGCGCCCCGCCGGCCCCCAGUACGGCCCCGACAUGCAGAAGCAGUUUGCAGAGGAGCAGCAGAAGAGGUUUGAGCACCAGCAGAAGUUCUUAGAGGAAGAAAGAAAACGGCGGCAGUUUGAAGAGCAGAAACAAAAGCUGAGACUUCUGAGCAGUGUGAAACCCAAGACAGGUGAAAAAAGCAGAGAUGAUGCUUUGGAAGCCAUUAAAGGGAACCUAGAUGGCUUUUCUAGAGACGCUAAAAUGCACCCAACACCAGCAACACAUCCAAAAAAGCCAGGCUCUUCCUUGGAGGAGAAAGCCUUAGCUAAUGGCUCAGAUGAAUCUGAACAAGAGCAAACCAAAGUUAAAACGUCCGAAGUUGGGCACAAAGCCUCGGCUGCAAGCCAAGCCCAUCCCAGUCCCACCAGCAGUGACUGGGAUGUUGUAGGUGGACAUGAAAGUGGUCCCAGUGCUGCUGCAGAGGUGUACAAGGCUUCAGAACAAAACAGAGCAGUUGAAGAGUGUGGAGUUGGAGUGUUCCCUCCCCAGGACCCCAUCCAGCAAAUGAUGCCUCCCUGGAUUUACAACGACAGCUUGGUCCCAGAGCUGUAUAAGAAAAUCUUAGAAACCACUCUGACUCCUGCUGGGAUCGACACAGCCAAGCUCUACCCCAUCCUGAUGUCCUCAGGACUGCCCAGAGAGACCCUGGGGCAGAUCUGGGCCUUGGCCAACCGCACCACGCCCGGGAAGCUCACCAAGGAGGAGCUCUACUGUGUGCUGGCCAUGAUUGCAGUGACCCAGAGAGGGAUCCCAGCCGUGAGCCCUGACGUGCUGAACCAGUUCCCGGCCGCGCCCGUCCCCACCCUGUCGUAGUAAAACCAGAAGAUGAUGACUUCCAGGAGUUUCAGGAUGCCUCCAAGUCUGGCUCCCUGGAUGACUCCUUCACUGAUUUCCAGGGGGAGGCAGCCAAAGCAGCCAGCUCACAGCACCGCAGCAGCGUUCCUUCUUUACUAAUGCCACUCCCAGGUACUAAGCCACUUUCACCAGCUGACAAAUAUGCUGUGUUUAAAGGAAUGGCAGCUGAGAAGCCUUCUGAGAGUGCAGCUGCUUUUGGAGACGGAGGGGACAAGUACAGCGCUUUCCGGGAAUUAGAGCAACCAGCAGAAAGCAAAUACUUGGGAGAGAACCUUGCAGAGUUCAAGCCCACAGGAGCCGACGAUGGUUUCACAGAUUUCAAAACCGCUGACAGCAUCUCCCCGUUAGAGCCACCCUCCAAGGACAAAACCUUCCCUGCACCCUUCCCUCCUGUGCCAGCUCAGCCAAAACAGCCAACACAAGCCAAGACCCCUUUGAACCUGGCAGACUUGGAGCUCUUUUCCUCUCCUGGAGAAAACAAGCAGCCAUCCUUCCCGCCUGCAUUCAACACCUCAAAGCCGGGCUCCUUUCCCCCUCCACCCCUUCCCUCAGCCUCUGCCCAGCCAGCACCCAGCAAAACUUCAAGCUUAGCUGAUGACUUUGGAGAGUUCAACCUCUUUGGGGAAUUUUCUAACGGCGCAUCAGCCAGUGGACAAGAUGACUUUGCAGAUUUUAUGGCGUUCAACAACAGCGGUGGCUUUUCCGAACAAAAGCCCGAGGACAAAUACAAUGCACUGAAGCUGGAGGGCAGCCCUGGUGCUCAGGCUGGCUCCUCAGGCAGCACAGUGAAGGGUGGGCAGAGCUCUGCCACCACUGCUACGCCCACCAAGUACGACAUCUUCAAGCAGCUGUCCCUGGAGGGCCCCGGGGCGGCCUUCGAGGAGGGCAAGGACGGCGCGCUCUCCUCGGCCAAGAGCGACGAUGACUUUGCUGACUUCCACUCCAAGUUCUCUUCCGGCGGCGCCGAGAAGUCGCUGGUGGACAAGGUGGCAGCUUUCAAGCAGGCCAAAGAAGACUCUGCUUCGGUGAAAUCCCUGGACCUGCCUUCCAUCGGCGGCAGCAGCGUGGGCAAGGAGGACUCCGAAGACGCGCUGUCUGUUCAGUUUGACAUGAAACUGGCUGAUGUGGGAGGAGAUCUUAAGCAUGUCAUGUCUGAUAGCUCUUUGGAUUUGCCAACAGUUAGUGGCCAGCAUCCACCAGCAGCAGAUGUGGAUGACUUUAAGGGCGGCCCGUUUGGAAGCUGUGCUGGUGGCUCUGCACUCGGCAGCCUGGCGAGCUCCGACAGGGACCUGCAGGACAGGGACAGGGACAGGAGGCUCCCCUGCGCCGCCACCGCCGUCCUGCAGAAGAAGGAGACCUUCUUUGGCAGCUCAGAGAACAUCACCAUGACCACGGUUUCCAAAGUGACCACCUUCUCCAGCGAGGAUGCUCUGCAGGACGUUCCCUUCGCGCCCUUUGCCAACUUCAAGGACUCGGGGCCGGCGUCCGGUCCUGGUGACGACGACCUCGGGGACUUUGGGGACUUUGCCAGGCUCCCCUCGGAAGCUCAGGAUGCAGCAGCAGCUGACACAGCCCUGGGCAAUGAUUUCCCUGCUGGAGCCUCCCCUGAGCUGCGCAGAGAGGCCACAGAUGACUUUGGGGAGUUCCAAAGCGAGAAACCAAAAAUCAGCAAGUUCGACUUCUUGGUGGCCACUUCCCAGGGCAAGGUGAAAUCCAGUGAGGAGAUGAUCAGGAGUGAGCUGGCCACCUUUGACCUGUCUGUGCAAGGGUCUCACAAGAGGAGCCUGAGCCUGGGGGACAGAGAAAUCAGCCGCUGCUCGCCCCUGGCAGCCCUGGAGCAGCCCUUCAGGGACCGCUCCAACACGCUGAGCGAGAAGCCAGCCCUGCCCGUCAUCAGGGACAAGUACAAGGACCUCACGGGGGAGGUGGAGGAGAGUGAGAGGUAUGCCUACGAGUGGCAGAGGUGCCUGGAGAGUGCCCUGCAGGUCAUAAAGAAAGCCAACGACACCUUAAAUGGAAUCAGCAGCUCAUCUGUGUGCACUGAAGUCAUCCAGUCUGCCCAAGGCAUGGAAUAUUUACAGGGGGUUGUUGAAGUCUACAGAGUCACAAAGAGGGUGGAGCUGGGCAUCAAAGCCACUGCAGUGUGCAGUGAGAAGCUGCAGCAGCUGCUGAAGGAUAUUGAUAAAGUGUGGAACAACCUGAUCAGCUUCAUGUCCCUGGCUGCUCUCACGCCAGAUGAGAACUCCCUGGAUUUCUCCUCCUGCAUGCUGCGCCCCGGCAUCAAGAACGCGCAGGACCUUGCCUGUGGGGUGUGUCUGCUGAACGUGGAUUCCAGGAGCAAGAAAGAAGAGAAACCUGUGGAAGAGCUUCCCAAAAAAGCCUUUAAUUCAGAGACAGAUAACUUCAAGCUGGCAUAUGGAGGGCACCAGUACCACGCCAGCUGUGCCAACUUCUGGAUCAACUGUGUGGAGCCCAAACCCCCGGGUCUCAUCCUGCCAGACCUGCUCUGAGAGCAGCUGCACUGCAGGUGGAGCCUUGGGCUCCCCCUGCAGCACCUGGGGUAAUGCUAUGCUGGAGGCCAGCCUUUCAAACCUGUGGGGUUGAUUUUUGGUCCAAAAAAUCAACAGAUUAAAGCCACUGUUACAGAUGGGGAAGAAUUCACUUGUAAUGGCCAAGGUUUCAGGAAUAACUGGAUAAUAUAUAGUAUGGCAAAAAAAAGAAAAA